CGGGCGCGCUGGAGAAGCCGCAGGCCCUCGCCCCGCCGCGCCCCGCCGGCGGCUUUUCCUCCGCUCUGCCGACGCGCUCGCGGGCCCUGUCCCUGAGCCCGGCUCGAAAGCUGCCCUGCGAGCAUCCCGUGGCUUCCCCCGGGCGUCGUCGGCGCCGACGGCGGCUCAUCGUCGUCCAUAGGCAGCGAAGUCCGGUCCGCAAGGCUCGGUGUUUGCUUCUGGGGGUCUUUCCCCGCGCGUCCUCCAGGAAGAGGACGACGCCAGCGCUGCCAUUUUCCAGCGCCAGGAUGCCCUGCCCUUCGGCCAUCCUGAGCUUGGCAUCUGCUAGGGGCAGACUCACACUCUGUUUGGCUCUGGAGCCGUCAGUCUUGACUCAGUGCACUUCACGGACUGGCCUCUUCUCAGUCCCCAAAGCGAAGCAGUUCCGCCUGAGAGCCCUUGAAGACAGUAGUCCAGAUAGAGCCAAGGAAGAGAAAGACCUGGCCUCCCUGGGCGACAGUGGGAAGGGGUUUACAAUUCAGGGAAAGGGGAACGCUGUUCCCGAAAGGCGGGAGGACCCGAGAAGGCGUUCUGACGGCAAUGAGAGCAGCCAGUCUGCAUUUAGGCGCCUGGUGGUCAACGGAGUGCUCUCUUCCUUCCUGCCCAGGCCUGGGCCUCUCAAGAGGGAUUUCUGUUACCAGAGCUCAGUGCGUAGUCUGAUGACAAAAUCUCAGAGCUGCUUCCUGAGCUCAUGCAGCAAGCGCAAUGCCAUCACCAGUUCCUACAGUUCCACCCAGGGUUUCCCACUGCAGCCCAGGAGAAAUGGUACAGGCCCUGCUGGGCGCCCCUCCCCAGGCUCAUCUCACUUUCUGGUGCCUGCAAAGAAAGCCACUGAGGAAGUCCAUCAGGCUAGCACUUCUGCCUCAGUGGUACCACAAAGGAAAAGCCAGCAUGAAAAGGUCACAGAUGCUCAAUCAAGCCACCAACAAAACCUGAAGGGUUGCUCGAACCCAUCUGAUCUUUCAAGGCCCCCCAAACGAAAGAUUCUUCUGCUGUCCUGUAGAAGAAAGGACCCAGUGAUCCUGCCUCCACCUCCUCAGCUCGCCUAUCAGGUGACAGCUGAAGAGAUUGACUUAGAGAAGAGAGCUGCCAUCCAGUGGAUCAAUAAGGUCUUGAAGGAUGAUAGAGCUAAGACCCCAAGCAAUUAAAUGACUUCAGAAUAGCCACAUGAAUCAUCUGAAUAGGAGCUGACCUACAAACCUGGGUGCCUAGCCUAUGCUCUGUCCAUGUAGUGCAAGAUCACAUUUCAUGUAGGGUCAUUUUGAUACUUAAAUGAGACAAUCAUCUAAAGUGUUAAUAAACUGUAAUGUCUGAUUUAUACUGAAA